AUGGCUAGAAUAGCGUGGAGGUUGUCCGCGGCUCGCUUCUUUCUUGCCCUAGCGAUAAGCACGAGCGUUGGUGCUGUCGAUUUCAAGAGCAAAUGUCUCGCAUUCGAUCCGGAAUCGUAUAUCCCGAACGUGACAUUGAACCGCCUUGAAUUUGUCACUGCUGGGACGAACCUCGCAUUCCCGGACAACGACGCCUCGUGUAAUCGGGCGAGUCAAGCCGUCGAUGUUGACUUGUGCCGAAUUGCGCUGUCGGUCACGACGUCGCAGCGGUCGGGGUUUCAUUACGAGUUGUGGCUUCCUGAGACGUGGAAUGGGCGUACGUUGGCUACUGGGAAUGGCGGCGUUGAUGGGUGUAUCAAGUAUGAGGAUAUUGCAUAUGGUGCUGCUAAUGGAUUCGCAAGGUACACCUUCGGCACAAAUAACGGCCAUAAUGGAACCGGCGGUGCAGCCUUCUACAAGAACGAGGAUGUUGUGAUUGACUUCAGUUGGAGAGCGCUUCAUACCUCCGUUGAGGUCGGAAAGAAUCUCGCGUCACUUUUCUACGAUGAAGAUAUAGGAAAAUCCUAUUACAUAGGAUGUUCACUGGGCGGCCGCCAAGGGAUCGGGAACGCAGAGAAAUUUCCAGAGGAUUUCGACGGCAUUGUAGCCGGGGCGCCUGCUGUCGACUUUAACAGCCUUUACUCCUGGAGAGCCAGUUUCUUUCCCAUAACAGGGGAUACCAAAUCAGAAGAUUUCAUAUCCCCAAAUACAUGGAAGACGACAAUACACAAUGAAGUCCUCAAACAAUGCGAUAUUAUUGAUGGAGUCGAGGACGGCAUUAUUGAAGACCCGAUACUCUGCCACGUCGAUACACAGCAGCUUCUGUGUGGGUUCAACAACAGCACUUCGACGGAUUGUCUUAAUGCAGCCCAGGUUAAAAAGGUUCAGGCGAUAUUCAGUGACUAUCUCUGGCCGAAUGGCACGCUUUUGUACCCAAGGGUGAAUCCAGGAGGCGAAUUACUCGCUGCUGAUGGACUAUACUCGGGCAAGGCAUACGGCCCGUCAGUAGACUGGUUCAAGUACGUGAUACUGGGAGAGCCAUCGUGGGACCCGGCAACGUACACACUAGACGAUGCCGCACUAGCUGUCGCGAAGAACCCCGCCGACAUUGACACUUGGCCGUAUGCGCUGAGUGCGUUCCAAGAUCACGGGGGCAAGAUCAUCACAUAUCACGGACAGCAAGACCAGCAGAUCUCAAGCCUGAAUUCCGUUCGGUUUUGGGAAAGGUUGGCGAAAGAAGCAGACUUCGAUCUGGAGAAGAUGGACACAUUCUACCGUUUCUUCAGGAUCCCUGGCAUGUAUCAUUGUGGCACUGGUCCGGGUGCUUGGACUGUUGGGCAAGGAGGGAGUGCACCUGCGUAUGCCAUCCCGUUUGACAAAGAACACAACGUUCUAGCUGCGAUUGUCGAUUGGGUCGAGAAGGGAGUCGCCCCGGAUGAAAUUGUAGGGACAAAGUUCGUGAAUGAUAGUGUCGGCGCCGGAAUCAUGUAUCAGCACCGUCAUUGCAGAUAUCCUUACCGAAGCACGUAUUCGGGCGCGGGAGACCCUCUGGACAUCGACAGUUGGCACUGUGUUUAUUUUGGUGGCUAUUAG